AACUACCCCUUGCUAAUCUUUAGCAUUUGGUAUAAUGGCAUUCACAAUGGAGAGGUGUGAAGAGUUGGUGUUCUCUGUGGAAUCCCAAAAGGCAGUUCCUGCACCAUUUCUUGCAAAGACCUACCAGCUUGUUGAUGACCCUCUCACAGACCACAUUGUCUCAUGGGGUGAAGAUGAGACAAGCUUUGUUGUGUGGAGACCCCCUGAGUUUGCCAGGGAUCUUCUGCCAAACUAUUUCAAGCACAACAACUUCUCCAGCUUUGUCAGGCAGCUCAAUACCUAUGGAUUUAAGAAGGUAGUGACAGACAGAUGGGAGUUUGCAAACGAGUAUUUCAGGAAAGGAGAAAAGCAUCUGCUAUCGGAGAUCCAUAGAAGAAAAACCCCUCAAAAUCACCAAGACAACCACCAUGAACAACAAGCCCAGCUUCUCAAGCCAGAAGAAGGCUUUGGAUGGAUCGAGUCCCCGUCGCCAUCUCCGAAAGCCAGCGCCGAUGUUCUAGCAGCACUCACCCAAGAUAAUCAGAGACUACGCAGAAAGAACUACAUGCUUGUGUCUGAACUCACUCACAUGAAGAACCUUUACAACGAUAUCAUUUAUUUUAUCCAAAAUCAUGUAAAACCAGUGCCUUAUCAGCAAAAAGCUUAUAGUUUGGGACCAAAGAUCAGAGAAUUGGGUCCUUCGUUUCAAGAUCCAAUCCAUUCUGGCAAUGAAAAUGCUAAAAGCAGCGUUUUGGGCAAGUCAUCAAUGACUCCAACAGAGGAGCCAAACAACACUGUGAAGCUUUUUGGAGUCCCUCUCAGUGGCAGGAAACGACUGCACCCUGAAAAGAUUAAUCAGCAAGAAUAUUUGAGAUGCGGGGUCUCUACUGAUUAGCUUUCUUUGGGGCUAAGCUAGCUACAGUACUUUGGCAGAAUAUGUAAUUGUUAGAGCAGAAGAUUUGUAGAUAUUCGGGCUGAACUUUUUGUCGAUUUAAGCUACUAUAUAUUAUCAUUAGAAUUACA